GAUAGUUAUGACUUGUGUCAUUGGAGAAAGGCUCUUCCUUACGGCAAUCGCUGGUACUGAGAUACUGCUCCCAUGCUGGCCAACAAUACGCAACAUGACUAUGGCGCAGGUUUCCUGGACAAAGGAUGAUCAGAAGAAGCCUGUUGUUGUGUAUAAACCGAAGCGUUGGCCAUCAGUACAAAAUGAAAACUAUUCUGGACGGAUAGAGAUGGGAAACCAAUCUCUCAUGGAUGGAUCAAUCCAAAUAAAAGCUUUGAAAAUGCAGGAUGAGGGAAAUUACACAUGUGAUCUUACACUAUUCCCUCAGGGAAAAGAGACAAAAGCAAUCCAUUUAACAAUUCUAGCGAUUCCCACCAACGCAGCAUCAUCGAUAACUGCCAAGGCUGGUCUCUCCGACGUUCCUGUGGCUCUGUGUACCUCGGCCUUUGGGACCCCAGCAGCUGAGAUCAAUUGGAUAUCCAGUUUCCUGGGGAACCACACCAUGAACCAUGUUGUAAACGGCAACAAUACAGUGACUGUCUCCAGCGAGUACAAGAUGACACCACGUCCUUCAGAUAAUGGGAAGACAUUGACAUGUCGCAUCACUCACUCAGCAACAAACAGCACGGGUGAAUACCCUGUACAGCUGUCCAUCUUCUAUCCACCAAAAGUGACCAUAACGGGAUAUGAUGGGACCUGGAAUGUAAACACGCGCAAUGUUACUGUUACAUGUACCACAGAUGCCAAUCCUGAACCGACAAAUUACACGUGGCGAGGGUUACCAGAAGGAGCGGAGGUCAAAAACUCAUGGGUGUUCAUCAGAGAAAUGAGCCCUCUGACAAAUGGCAACUGGAUAUGUGAAGCUGCAAACGCAGUUGGGACAGGAGUGGGCCAAGUGGAAGUUGUGCUAAGAACGAACGAUUUCUCAGAUCUUACUCAUGGACCGAACACAGUUAUAAUAAUCACCAUCGUUGUGGGAGUUCUCGUUUUGGUGCUCAUUCUGCUGCUAAUACGGCUGAAACGAAGAAGCCGAGACAUAGACGCUGUCCCUGAAUGCACAACCGCCCAAAUUCAGGACAAUGAGAGGAUCAUAUAUGCAUCGCUGGAUCUUAACGUCCUAGCUGCAGCGUCUGUUCACAGGCAAAAUGUUCAGGCAGAGGAGUUGACUGUGUAUGCAGACAUUAAAUACCACCAGAAGUGACUGUGGUUAACUUCCGUCCCUGGAAUUGGUGCAGCGUGGUCAGGAUAAAAACUCCCCGCUGGUAUUUUCUUCCUCUCUCUGUUUCGAAACUGAGUGACUCUACUUCACUUGUGCAUUCUGCUUCCUGUUCGAUCCCUUUCGGAAAUGUUGGAGAAAGUGGAGACUACGAUAUUCCCCAACCCCGCCAACCCAGCUUCCCCACCCAUCGUCACCCAGUGCUGCCAGGAUCAAGUGUCUGAACCCAAACCCCCUCUCACCUUCAUCGUACUCCCUCAAUAACCAAACGUGAAUAUUUACAGAGCUAACCAAAUAUCCAGCGCUUGUUCCUGGUACAGAUCAACCCCCCCCUCCAGCCACCUUCCUCAUGGUCUUCGAGCAUAGAACUGUACGGCACAGGAACGGGCCUUCAGCCCACAAUGUUGUGCUGUACAUAACGCCAAAUUAAGCUAAUCCCUUCUGCCUGCUCUUGGUCCAUAUCCCUCCAUUCCUCGCGUAUUCACGUGUUUAUCUAAAAGCCCCUUAAAUGCCCCUGUUUUACCUGCCUCCACCCCCACCCCUGGCAGCAUGUUCCACGCUCCCACCUCUCUCUGUGUGUAACAAUCCUGCCCCUCACAUCUCCUUUGAACUUUCACCCCUCUCACCUUAAAUGCAUGCCCCCUAGUUUUAGACAUAUCAACUCUGAAGACUCUGACUGUCAACCCUAUCCAUGCAUCUCGUAAUUUUAUAGAUUUCUAUCAAGUCUCCCCUCAGCCUCCUCCACUUCAGAGAAAACAACACGAGUUUUUCUAGCCUCUCCUGAUAGCUCAUAGCCUGUAAUCCAGGCAGCAUCCUGGUAAACCCCUUCUGCACCCUCUCCAAAGCCUCCACAUCCUUCCUGUAAUGUGGUGACCAGAUUGAACACAAUACUCUUAGUGUGGCCUAACCAAAGUCUUAUAAACAUGGCAUCCUGACUCUUGUACUCGAUUCCCCGACCAAUAAAGGCAAGCAUGCCAUAUGCCUCCUUUA